AUAAAACCUUUGGCUUACUGCUAAGAAGCAAUGAAGAGCCCUUGGGUUUUGUUGCUGCUGACACUUGCCUUGGCAGAGGCCUUUUCUAGCCAAAGAGGACUCAUCUUGAAUCUGGAGAAUGGAGAGCUAUGUCUCAACAGUCUCCAAUGCAAAAAUGGAUGCUGUCACAGAGGGAGUGGCCUAAGCCUGGCUCGUUGUGCAGACAAAGCAGCUGAGUUUCAGGAGUGCUCUCGGUGGCACCUUACUGGGAUAUACUACAGGUGUCCCUGUGAAAAUGGAUUAAGCUGUGAGGUUGACAGGACAAUUAUCGGGACUAUCACCAACACCGACUAUGGCAUUUGUGAGGACCCAGCAAGAAAAUUAUAUGUUGAGGAAAAACAUUAA